AUGGCCGCCGUGAUUAAUGUUGUAGUGACCGGUACUCACAGGAAUCCGUUGUUUCAGUUUCUCGCCCCGUUCACCAGCGUCUUCUCCCAGAUUCACUCUUACCUUUACGUCUUCUUAUGUGUGAUUGGUGUGUUCGCCAACGUCGCCAUCGUCGUCGUUUUGCUACGGUAUGUGGAAAUGUGUCAUCCGUGGUUCUUCACGCAUGCAUGGAUGAUCUACACCAGAUUCUACGCGAUGUUCUCAGUGUUCGUGCAUAGUGCCAGUCUCUGGAUCACCGUGAAUAUGGCUGUGAUGAGUCAGACACUUCGGUGUGAAGAGCAAUCUUUCUUCGAGAAAACAAUCGAAUUUCCGACAAAUGCCGAUCCGAAGAAUCUGUGUACUUCCAGAUAUCUGGUACUGUUCCGUGGGAGUCAUCCCCACAGCCGCCUUCCACCGUGCAACGGCUAUCCGGCCGCCUGCAUUGCCAUCGUCAUCGGUGUGGUGAUCGCCUUCAUCGGAAGUCUUCCGAAUAUGUUUCGCUAUAGGGUAUGGGUGGAAGGUUUGGACAAUAAAACUUUUUCGUGUUAUUUUCUGAUUGAAUUUGUGGUGGAGAUGGAAGUUCCAAAAAUUUGCUUUCAAACCAAAUACAAAUCUUCAUGGUUUGCCACCGACACCAUCUAUAAGUACGAUCUAUCGCAGCCGAGCUGGUGGAACUGUCAUUGGGAGCGGGUGAAUUUCUGGAUGGCAGCAUGUGUCCUCAAAUUGGUGCCGUGUGUUCUGCUUACGGUAUUCAUGACCUUACUAGUUCGAAUGUUGAUCGAAGCACGUGAGCGAAGAUUGCGACUCUCUGGAGGCGUUGCAACGGGGAAUUCCCAGGCCGAACGUACUACCGCUAUGCUGACAGGCAUUGUUGCUGUAUUUCUGAUCACCGAAUUGCCUCAGGGAAUCCUAGGCCUCGCAGUAGGGGUGAACCCACGUCUGAUGUUCAUCAUAAAUCCUCUGGGCAACUUCUUCGAUCUGCUGUCGCUUAUCAACAGUGCUGUGAAUUUUGUGCUGUGCGCAUUGAUGUCUCAUGUGUUCAGAAGGGAGUUCUUGCGUACAUUCAGAAUGUGUUGUCCUCAAUCAAGUGAAAACCACAGCGGAGCACCGAUAACAAAAUCAAGCGAUAAAAAGGUAUUGAACUGUUCGGUUUGA